AACCACUUCUCUCUCACUUCUCAUUUCACCACAAAAUCUCUCUAUAUCUCUCUCUCUCUCUUACAUGGACUCUCACCGGAAAACCACUAUUUUUGCUUUUGUACAAAACAACUAUCAGAAACCACCAUUCGAAAUCCGCAUAUAGAGAACAGUCAGUUUCAUUCUUAUCCUUCUUUGUUUUGAAAUGGAAGUGUUCAUUGACUAUAGGUGCGUACUCUCUCUGUUUUUAGUUUUUGUUUUUUCACUGAGUGAUGGACGAGUCAGCUCGGAACCGACUCAAGACAAGCAAGCCCUCCUUGCAUUUCUCUCAAAAACCCCACAUGCCAAUCGCGUGCAAUGGAAUGAGUCCGACUCGGCCUGCAACUGGUUCGGAGUUGAGUGCGACGCUAACCGUUCGUAUGUCUACACUUUAAGGCUCCCUGCUGUUGGACUAGUGGGUCCGAUUCCGCCCAACACAAUAGGCAAACUGAGUCAGCUCCGAGUUCUCAGUCUCCGCUCUAAUCGUCUCAACGGUGAGAUCCCCUCCGAUUUCUCCAAUCUAACCCUCCUUCGGAGUCUCUACUUGCAAGACAACGAGUUCUCUGGUGGAUUUCCUGAGAGUGUGACUGGGCUGAAUCGGAUAACUCGACUCGAUCUCUCGUCCAACAAUUUUACUGGAGCAAUCCCUUUCGCCGUCAACAAUUUAACCCACUUGACUGGUCUUUUUCUGGAAAAUAAUAAUUUCUCAGGCAAUCUUCCAAGCAUCAAUCCUGGAAAUCUGUCAGCUUUCAAUGUGUCUAACAACAAUCUCAACGGUUCAAUCCCUGCUACUCUAACCAAGUUCCCUUCAUCAGCAUUCACAGGAAAUUUAGAUCUAUGUGGAGGACCAUUGCAACCUUGUACCUCAUUUUUUCCAUCUCCAGCUCCGUCACCGUCUGUAAACCCACCGUUAAUUCCGCGACACAAGAAGUCUAAGAAACUCUCAACGGCGGCCAUUGUUGGUAUUGCCGUCGGUUGUGCAGUAUUCCUUCUUCUUUUACUGCUAUUACUGGUAUUUUGUCUUAAAAAACGACGACGUGAACAGCCUGGGAAGACGCCAAAACCCAGUGCAGCGGCGACGUCACGUGCGAUGGCGACAGAAGCAGGAACUUCUUCAUCGAAAGAUGAUAUCACGGGUGGGUCAGCAGAGGCUGAGAGAAAUAAACUUGUGUUCUUCGAAGGAGGGAUUUACAGCUUUGAUUUGGAGGAUUUGUUGAGGGCUUCAGCUGAGGUUUUGGGUAAAGGUAGCGUGGGGACGAGUUACAAGGCAGUGCUUGAAGAAGGAACAACUGUGGUGGUUAAGAGGUUAAAAGAAGUGGCUGUUAGUAAAAGAGAGUUCGAGAUGCAAAUGGAAGUUUUAGGGAAGAUUAAACAUGACAAUGUGGUUCCUUUAAGGGCCUUUUACUACUCCAAAGAUGAGAAAUUGCUUGUUUAUGAUUUCAUGCCUGCCGGUAGCUUAUCUGCUCUUCUUCACGGUAGUAGAGGUUCAGGCCGUACGCCUUUAGACUGGGACAACCGAAUGAGAAUAGCACUAAGUGCGGCAAGAGGCCUGGCACACCUACACGUGUCCGGAAAAGUAGUACACGGGAACAUAAAAUCCUCUAACAUCCUGCUCCGACCCGACCAUGAUGCGGGGAUUUCGGAUUUCGGACUGAACCCGCUUUUUGGCAACACAACUCCAACCAAUCGCGUGGCAGGGUAUCGCGCCCCAGAAGUAGUUGAGACUCGCAAGGUUUCUUUCAAAUCGGACGUGUACAGUUUCGGUGUAUUGUUAUUAGAGCUAUUAACUGGGAAAGCGCCUAAUCAAGCAUCAUUGGGUGAGGAAGGAAUUGAUUUACCUAGGUGGGUCCAGUCCGUGGUCCGUGAAGAAUGGACGGCUGAGGUUUUUGAUGUGGAAUUGAUGAGGUAUCACAAUAUUGAGGAGGAAAUGGUUCAGUUGUUGCAAAUUGCGAUGGCUUGUGUAUCCACUGUACCUGAUCAAAGACCGGCUAUGCAAGAGGUGGUACGCAUGAUUGAAGAUAUGAAUAGGAGUGAGACUGAUGAUGGGUUACGACAGUCGUCUGAUGAUCCUUCAAAAGGAUCAGACGGUCAUACACCUCCACCUGAAUCACGGACCCCACCUAGGGCUAUUACACCUUAAAUUUAGCUAUUCUUGGGGGAUUAAAAUGACAAAAAAAAAAAAAAAAAAAAAAGUCAGUCUU